AUGUUUCACGGUUUUCCGCAGGUUCAGGUCGUUUCCGACGACGCCCCCACUGGCGAAUCGAUAUUCGCGAAGGAUAGUGAUUCUCACGUGGAACUGCCGCCAGCGAAGAAAGUUCGCAUAUCAUUUCCCGCCCUCACACAUCUCGGCAGCUUCUCGCAGGAUGCCACGUGCCACAGUGCCGUCGGCGGACGUCUUUGUGGAGUUCAACAAGGGGAUACGAUUCUCAUCACGAGUGUUCUUCCCAGCCUGGGAGCUUCUGGUGACGCAGAGGAUGAGCGGGAUGACACGGCCGAGAGUAAACAGCAGCAGAAGAUGUACGAGAAAGUAAAGGAGAUGCUGCGUAAGGAGUGCCUAGACAGUUAUAGCGUAGGUUACUUCAUUGUUUCCAGUGCUUGUGUGAAUGAUCCCUACUCGGUUGUGACAGCUGAUCGGUUGGCGAACUUGGCAAUUGACGGUCACCCAAGUGUGCUUCUUGUCUACGACCCCUUCCGUACCGGCCUAAUGGGUAAGUUGUACCUUCGUGCGUUCGUGCCGACGGAUGCAUUUCUCGACUUUUCCAGAAAGAACAAAAAAACCAAAAAGACUGACAAGAAGAGUGGGAUGCAGGAAGAAGCACGGCUUCUGCGUGCGUGUUCGGUCCCCAAGCAAGGUGUGCUUCGCGAGGUGAAGGUGGAGGUGGAGGUGGAUGCUUAUCAACUUUUUUGCCUAAACGGCAUUGAUAUCGCACCGUUGCCAAGCAACAGUACAGUACAUCACUCUGAUUCUAUGGCUGAUUACAAGGUUGCCCUCCUUGAGUCUGUACAGCGAAACUUAAGUGAUUUGGAGGGCAAACUCAGUCGGGAAACUUCCAGAAACCAGCGAGAUGAAAACAAUGUACCCCCCGCACGUGGAGUGGACACAAUGUUGGCACUGGUGCAACUUAGGGAACAGGCUCAGCAUCUAGAGGCUCUGUGCGAUGGUACCCUUCUCAUUUCAUCACUCCUACGUGACCUGUAG